UGGACAAAAUGUAAGAUCUUGCCGAUUGAGCAAAGUCAUAGCUACCAAUAAGGCCAAUUCUUCAUGCUAUGUACUUAAAAACAAUGGCUAUGAUCCUCAGAAGAGAUGUCAUUGCGAUGAUGAUCAUGCUCCAAUUUCUCGGAGCUUGUUCAUCAUCAUUCUUUGCUCGGUCUUCCGGAGUCAGUGAUUCGGUCGCCCGUGACAGAUUCGAGCAGUGGGUGGCCCAACAUGGGAAAAAAUAUAGUGAUGAAGCUAACAGGGAAAACCGUUACAAGAUUUUCCGAGAAAAUUUGCAGCACGUGGAGGAUUUCAACAGAGCUGGGAACACAAGCUUCAGAUUGGGCUUGAACCAGUUCUCAGAUUUGACCACCGAAGAGUUCCGGGCAACCUACACCAUUACUAAGAUGACACCGAGGACUUCCAUGAACAUGACAGGAUCAUUUAGGAUCUCUGACGAUGCUCCAGUUCCGGAGUGCGUCAACUGGGUGGAAGCCGGAGUUGUUACCGGCAUAAGAAAUCAAGGGACAUGUGGAUGUUGUUGGGCACUUGCAGCAGUAGCCGCGAUCGAGUCGAUUAUAAAGAUGAGAGCAGGUGAGUUAUUGGAUUUAUCUGAACAACAGCUCCUGGACUGCGUCACGGACAAUGCUGGCUGCGAAGGCGGGACAAUGGUCCGUGCCUAUCAAUACGUCCUAGAUAACAAGAUUUCCGGCGAAAACCAAUACCCGUACCGAGGGGCCAAAGAAGACUGCGCCGCACCUGCCCCGCUAACCCAGAUCACAGGAUUCAGGACUGUGACACCCAGCAGUGAGGCCGACCUCCUGAGGGCCGUGGCCCAGCAGCCUGUCUCUGUCGGCAUCACAGCCAGCGACCUGUUCAGGGCCUACAAGGAUGGGAUCUUCCGCGGUACUGACUGCAGGAACGUGCAAAACCAUGCUGUUACUAUAGUGGGGUACGGGAUAGCGCCUGAGGAUGGAUCCAAGUACUGGCUCUUGAAGAACUCUUGGGGCGAUUCCUGGGGCGAGGGCGGGUACAUGAGGAUCGCCCGGGAGGUUCCUGAUCUCCCCCAGGGUGUGUGCGGACUUGCCACGGAUGCAUCUUUUCCUUAUUGAUCCUUGAGAAGGCCGAUUUCUUCAUGGAGGAAGUUCUUUCCAUUUUCACAUUUCAAGAUCUUAACAAUGAACUAUGAUUGCCUUACUCGCUUAUAUCUUCUUAUGGAAAAACGCACGAUGCCUUCUAACAUAAACAUGCAUCUCUAGCCUUGGUAUAUGUCAU